AUGGUUGGACGACUUGCUGGAAAGAACGCUCUCGUUACUGGUGCUGCGGGUGGCAUCGGUCUCGAAACCACCAUCCUCAUGCUCCGCGAAGGCGCCUCCGUCCUGAUGACCGAUAUCAGUGGCCCCGGGCUCGAAAAGGCCUUGAACAAAGUGAACGAGGUCGUGCCCGAACGCUCCGGUAAAGUGGAGACCCGCGUGGUCGAUGUCUCCAAGGAAGCCGAGGUGGAAGCUGCCGUGGCGCAUCUGGAUGCCUGGGGUGGAUUGGAUGUGAUUUUCAACAACGCGGGCAUCAUGCAUGCCAAGGAUGGCGACUCGGAGGAGACUCCCGAGGCUAUCUGGGACUUGACCAUGAACAUCAACGUCAAGGGCGUGUGGUAUGGAUGCAAGCAUGCGGUGAAGAGUCUGAGGAAGCAUGGCAAGAAGAAGGGAAGUGUUAUCAACACGGCCAGUAUGGUCGCUUUGGUCGGUGCUGCUACGCCCCAGCUGGCGUAUACCGCUAGUAAGGGGGCUGUGUUGGCUUUGACUCGCGAGUUGGCGAUUGUGCAUGCCAGGGAGGGUGAGUUUGCUGCUACUGCUGCCCUAUUGUAUUUGGACGAAGCUAAUGAAUACAGCACUCCCCUUCUGCAGGACUGGCUCGGUGAUGACAAGGAGAAGCGCUUCCGUCGCGAGGUCCACUUCCCGACCGGUCGCUUCGGAGAGGCCAUCGAACAGGCCCACGCUGUCGUCUUCCUGGCUAGCGAUGAGAGCAGCUUCGUCAAUGCCACUGAUUUCGUCGUCGACGGUGGUCUGACCAAGGCGUAUGUGACUCCUGAGGGUCCUGCCACCGAGGCCCCUAAGAACCUGGGUCAAUAA